AUGGAGCGCGCCCAACCGCAGAAGAAAAAAAAAGUAGCGCCAUCGCAAGCGCGGCAGCUAUGGGGAGAGCGCGAAACGGAGCUCCUCAUAGAUUUGUGGGAGGACCGCCUUAUGGACCUACGCCGUCAGAAGAGAAAUAGCGGCGUUUACGACGAUAUCGCCGCGGCCCUGCGGCAGGUGGGCUAUGAAAGAACUCGGCUGCAAGUUCACCACAAGGCUGAAAAUCUUGCGCAGACUUAUCGGUUUUGGCUGAAAAAUCAAAAGACUGGUGCUGGCGCCAUACCUUGGACGCAUUUCUGGAGAAUACACAGUUUUCUGGGGACACUCCCGGCCAACGACCCAUCAAGGGCUCAAGAGAGCCAAGUUACUGUUGAAGAGGUCAUCAUGGAGAUGAUAAACGGCGGCGAAAAUGCAGUCGUUGACAUAGAGAACAGGCUGCAAUGGGAGGAGAGUGCGCCCAUCAGACCUCUGGACAGCCCAGGACCGAAUUCUCCGUCCACGUGCAGCCCGGCCUCCAGCAGUCCGGCCUCUCCCAGUCCGGCAUCCUCCAGCCCGGCCUCCUCCAGCCCGGCCUCCUCCAGCCCUGCCAUCAACAGUGCCACCCCUGCUAGUGUGGCUACUACAAGCCGGGGUCCAAAGAGGAAGGCGGGUGAUGACUUCAAGCAGCAGAUACUCGCUGAACACAAACUGCUGAGGGAGCAGCUGGUGGCGAGCCAUCAGAGACAGUACGAGCAAAGAGAGCGACACAUGCAAAUGCAAGAAAAGUUUUUUAAUUCCAUGUCAAAAUAUUUAGAAAUUAGUUCCAAAUAAAGUUGCUGUAAUGAAGUAGGAAAUGGAAAAUGCAGCAUCCACCCAAUCGCAACAGAUUGUUACAAAGGAAACCUGUUUGGUCAAGAGUGUACGGGUUUUCAUUGUAGGAAUUUGCUGCAAUU